UAGAGUGUAGGCCUAAUCAGUUUUUGGGAAGCUCUGGAAUAAAGGCAGAAUUGACGUUGUUUCAAACGCUUGAGCGUUGAAUGGCAAACCACGUUUGAUUUUAAUGUUUUGAACUAUUAACUGGCCACAUGGCAGGUCUUGUUUUGAGCCAUGUGUUGAGUUUUCGACCGACAUUUAAUCACGAUGACCAUCCACAGCACAGCAAAUACCCCCAGCCCAGAACUGUGUAGUUCGUCGUCCGCCAAACGUGGAAGUGCGGUGGACGACGAACCCCACAGUUAGUUCUGGGGUAGAACGCCGUGCACCCGAUCAUCAUGAUCGAAUAACCAUGAGUGAAACUGCUGCCUGGUUUUAACGUGCAAAAGUACUCUAGCAGACUACAACGAAAACUGUUCUGAAUGAAGGAAAGAGAUACGUAGUUGAAGAAUGCUUAUUAGCAGAAUGAAUGAAAGUAAUGAUUUUUAAAGCAGGACUCCAUCUUAUCUUCCUUUUCUGUGUUCUCCGACCCCUUAGGGGCAGUGCUCAUGGAGGAUAGGGCAGUUACCAUGGCAACAGCAUCAUCAGCCCCUUGCAUUCGUCAUGUGUUUCUCACUGGUUCUCCAGGUGUCGGCAAGACCACCCUAAUACACAAAGCCAUUGAGCAGCUCCAGCAAAGCUCCCUACACCUGCGUGGGUUCUAUACUGAGGAGGUACGGGCUGGGGGCAGGAGGUCUGGCUUUGAUGUCAUCACACUGAGUGGACGCAGAGGGCCACUUGCCAGAGUUGGGCAGGGAAGGGGACCUGCUGUAGGGCAGUACACUGUGGACCUGGCAUCGUUUGAAAGCCUGGCUCUGCAAGAGCUCUCCACAAAGGAUCAUGGAACAUCUACCUCGUCCAUUCUCAUCAUUGACGAAAUAGGAAAGAUGGAACUUUUCAGUCAAGGUUUCAUCCAGCUGGUAAGGAGACAUCUCAGCCAAUCAACUUGCCCGAUACUAGGGACCAUCCCUGUGCCAAAAGGCAAGCCACUUGGAUUGGUGGAGGAGGUCCGCAGUAGGAAGGAUGUGAAAGUGUUUAUGGUGACUAAGGAGAAUAGAAACAGCCUACUGCCGGAGAUUGUUCAAACUGUGAUGGAAGCAAGAACCCAUAUUGCAUAGAAACAGUUUGAGUGACACCACGAAAGAUCUAGAGUGAUCUUUAACCCUAAUAUUUGGGGGUGAGAUUUCUCGGCUUUUUGUGUUUUGGAUUUCAGCUUUUUUCCUCACUGGCUGUGUACAAAAGUAUAGGAGAUUUUCACAGUGCAGCUUAUGUCUGUUUUGAGCUGUUUUUAUCAUUGGUCAAUCUCGCCCCUGAAUAUUUCGAUAUCCUUCAGGAUCCGUCCGGAGUGGUGGGAGGAUUUUGCAGGAUUGAGCCUGGCCACUGUCACUUAUAAUGGGACAUCUUGCCCCUCAGACUCAAGUGCACAGAUUGUUCCAUUGAUUCCCUUCACAGUGGAGGAUUUCAAGGAUUCAGGAAUCAGAGGGGAGGGUUUCUGUGGGAAAUGUGGGAGAAAGUUUCUCUGAUUGUUGUCAAAACUUGCUUUCUUUGGAGAUUAAUGCGCUGUAAUACCCUAAAAUGUUUUGUUUAGGACUCUCUCUCGUCCUUACAACAUCAAAACUCACUGAAUUUACUACUCCCGUUCACUAUACCGUACUUGGAAGGUUUUGAACAAAGGGUGAAAUCAGUAGUCGGUCGUACAAAAAGUUGUGUUUAUUUAAGUUGUGACUGUCCAUCCAUGCAUUCAGAAUGGAAUAAAAGUUUUUACUAUGACAAGUUAUUUAGCCCUCCUCCAGAGGCGCAUAUGACCAUCAGAAAAUUUGUUGGAGCAGCAAUUCAUUGGAAACAGAAUGUAUGCAGCUGCAAAUCAGCAAAUUAACUAUUGAUCAGCAAAUCUGUUGAGCCUGAACAAGCCACAAACCAGUCAAAAGAAGAAUGCAUCAAAUGAAACUUUGGGCUGGUGACCAAGCUGUUUGCUGUGCUCUGUCAAUGGGUGCACUUUGUACCCCUACCAAAUUCAUGGCUGAAACUCUGCUGUCAAACAGAAAAGCAAGAUUGUACUUGAUGAAAAAGUGCUAUGGCUUGGAGUUUGAACUCAAUCAAAUGGCCCGUUCACCUCAACACGUAAGACAGUGAGGUGACAUACGUCAGUUUGAGUGUGAAAAUCCGAGCUGAGAUCAGGUCCCAAGUAAACCUAAAUUAUGAGCUCCAUCCAUCAACAAGACAAGGUGUAUUUAUGCACAUUUCAUAAACAUGUGUGCCCAAAUUCUGAAAUACUGAAUGUGUCUGGAGUAUGUUGGACAGAACAGUAUGACCGUAAUAGUGGACACAGGUGUAACUGUGAAUGAAGUUGUAAGUUUGUAAACUUCAUUCACUUUAUAUCAACAGGUACUGAUCUUUAAAUGUAGAUGUCAAUAAAACCUGUCCCAAAUACUGAGAUUA